AUGGGUUUUAAGAACCUUCUUGUGUUUAGCGCAAUUUUCCUGCUAUGGAAGAUCUGUAAGGUGCACGGCCAAGCGGCUCGCGUGGAGUACCUCAACCAGCCCUGCUCAUCAUGCCCUACUACCUCUACCAUCCAAGCCUGCCCGCAGCUCGUCGUGCCAGCCGUCAUCAAGCCCAUGGUCACACCAUGCGAGUCCUACAUCCAGGAGUCUGUUCCUUGCGUGCCAAGCUACAGCGGUUUCAAUAGCUUCAACAGCUACCCUAACUACGCUCCCAGCUACCCUGGACCUAUGCCCAUGCCCCCGAUUAUCAUUGAUGAUGGAGACGAUGAUGACAACUGGCACCACAUUCUUUAUUACCUCAUUUUUGCGAUGAGGAAUAGGAGAUGCUGUGGAGGAGGUUACGGAGGAUACGGAGGCUACGGUGGUGGCUGCGGAGGUGGUUGCGGAGGCGGGUGCGGAGGUGGUUGCGGCUACAAUGGCGGUUGCGGAGGAAAUUGCGGUGGCAACUGCGGCGGCGGAUGCGGCUACAAUGGCGGUUGCGGAGGCAAUUGUGGAGGCAAUUGCGGUGGUAACUGCGGUGGCAAUUGCGGCGGUGGAUGUGGAGGAAACUGCGGAUGCGGAUUUGGAUUUGGAAUUGGAAAUUGCAAUGGUUGUUCCUACAUUCCUUACCCAAUCCCUUACCCCCUAAGCGGUAACUAUCCAUACAGUUGCGGUUGCACUGGAGGCUGUACUGACAACUGCAAUUGCAACUGCGGCUGCGACGACGGCUACCAAACUUGUAACUGCAACGAUGGCGCAAUGACCCUCAUAAUUCGAACCAAUCAAGACAAUCAAUGUUGCUGUUAG